UUUAACCCCAGCAGCCAGCUAGCAAGCUUUAGAAUGAAAGGCAAACAACGUGACAGUCUAUAAUUUAGUGUCACUCAUAAUUAUCCAUAUUUGUCUUGUUUCAUUGACAGAUUUUUUUUUUACACACAAUUCUAGCCAAUAUGUCAGCUCCGAAGAAGGGAGAUCUAUCUUCCACCGAGAGGGAAUUAUUCGUAGUUAUUGCUGCAGGAAAUGUUCAAGAAGCCUCAAGAUUAUUGGGUUGCAAGGAUGUCAGAGUCAACUGUUUGGAUGAGAAUGGGAUGACUCCCCUCAUGCACGCUGCAUACAAGGGCAAGGCGGACAUGUGCAAGCUGCUACUGCAACAUGGGGCAGAUGUGAACUGCAAUGAACACGAGCAUGGUUACACCGCACUGAUGUUCGCUGGGCUAUCCGGUAAGACUGAUAUCACCUGGAUGAUGUUAGAUGCAGGAGCGGAGACAGAUGUGGUCAACUCCGUCGGGCGAACAGCAUCUCAGAUGGCUGCGUUUGUCGGGCAGCACGACUGUGUGACGGUGAUCAACAACUUCUUCUCGCGGGCCAGGCUGGAGUACUACACCAAACCCCAGGGGCUGGAGAAGGAGCCCAAGCUGCCCCCCAAACUGGCAGGGCCCCUCCACAAGAUUAUCAUGAGCACCAACCUCAACCCCGUCAAGAUGGUUCUUCUGGUGAAGGAGAACCCGGUGCUGGCCGAGGCGGAGGCCCUGGAGAAGUGCCGGCGGGUGAUGGAGCUGAUCUGUGAGAAGUGUGUGAAGCAGCAGGACAUGAACGAGGUGCUGGCCAUGAAGAUGCACUACAUUAGCUGUGUGCUGCAGAAGUGUGGCUCCUUCCUCAAGGAGCGCGACGACAAGCUGGAAGGACUCAUCAAGAGCUUGUUGAAGGGCCGGGACAGUGACGGCUUCCCGCUGUUCCAGGAGAAGUUCAUCAGAGAGUGCAUCCGCAAGUUCCCCUACUGCGACGCCACACUGCUGCAGCAGCUGGUCCGAAGUAUCGCUCCUGUGGAGAUCGGUAACGAUCCUACAGCCAUCUCAGUUUUGACCCAGGCUAUCACAGGACAGGUGGGCUUCAUGGACGCAGAGUUCUGUACCACCUGUGGGGAGAAGGGAGCAGAGAAGAGAUGCUCCAUUUGUAAAAUGGUGAUAUACUGUGCCCCAGCCUGCCAGAAAAUGCACUGGUUCACCCAUAAGAAGGUCUGCAAGCAGCUUCAGGAGCAGAGAGAAAAGCACGAGGCAGAGUCAGCCAAGCUGAUGGAGCGACAGAGGAAAGAGCAGAGCCAGGCGGUAGAGGAGGCGGCAGGCUCCAUGCAGGACCUCUCAGUGGGACCCAAUGAAGACUCUCCGUCUUCCCCCUCCGACAACCAAGCAGACCCCCCUAGUCCUGACUCCACCACUCCAGCCACAGAGAACUGAAGGGGGCCUGUAAGGGACGUUCAACACAGGUGCACAAUGCCUAUAUACCCAGCUAUCUCCCCUACUCCAGGUCUACACUGUUGUCCUAGAAGGUGUUAGGGAGGCCUGCCAUGUAAGGCCCAACAGUUAACCUGGGGAUGAAGUACGCAGGAGCUUCACACAAGCUUCAGGCCUGAACCGAUGGGAAAGGAUCCCUUAUUUAUUGAUGAUCUGACAUUGUUUUCUACCAAAGCAACGCAGCACUAUUGCACACAACGAAGAAAGGUUAGGGUCACGAAUGUCUAAGUUUUUUUUCCAGCAUUCAUAUUCAAUGUGAAAUGUCUAUGUAGACUAAUAUUAUGUUGAUGGUUUUUGUUCAAGAAUAAUGGAAAGUGCUUCAGGGAGUGUGAUGUAAAGAAGUAGUAGUAGAUUUAAUCAAUAUUUUAUUUGUUCAUGUCCUUUUAAAACUAGUAAUUCUGCGUCCAGUAAUUGCCCUAGUUAAAGGAUAAAGGACAUCAUAUUUCCAAACAUACAGUAAAGUGGCUUGAAUUGGCCAAGAACAAAAUUACUUUAAAGUUACUAUAACCUCCUCCUGGAAAAGCAACUUGGCAAAUCCCUCUUAACAAUCUUUCUGUUUUGUUUAAUACUGAUGUUUCAAAGAUCUCAAAUGACUAAUUGCAAUACAACAGAAUAAACACCACUGUACUGUC